CCGAAAUCCAACGAGUCGGUGAGGGAGAACAGCACCAACCAGCAUCAUGGCGUCCGGAGCAAAUUUCUUCCGGGGCACUACCCUGGACCAAGACAGCCGUUUCUUUAACAAGCACAAGAAGUUGCUGGCGAAGAUGGAGUUCCCGACGUGCUUUAAGCACAAGGUAGAGAUUUCCAAAGUGAACAAGGAAGUAAUGCACCAAUGGAUCACAGAAAAGAUCACCCAAGUGUUGGGAUUUGAGGACGACAUUGUCGUGUCCACGGCGAUCAAUCUGUUGGAACCCACGCAUCCAUUGGAUCCGUUGAAUCCCAAGGAGAUGCAGGUUGCGCUCACGGGGUUCCUCGAAGGAGACGCGGCGAGCUACAUGGAAGAGCUCUGGACAUUGUUGGUCAGUGCUCAGGAGAAUCCCACCGGCAUCCCGCAAGUGUUUCUCGAUAAGAAGAAGAAGGAAAUGGAGGCUAAGCGUGACCAGGACGCAAAGGACCGCGAACGUCUGGCGAAGCGCGUAGAAUCAUUCCAGCCACCAUCCUCUUCCGACAUCGGGCGGACGAAACCUAGCAGAUUCAAUGAUCGUCGACAAGAAGGCCCUAACCGACGACAUGGCAGUCCGCCAUCGUCCCGCCGUCGCUCCCCCAAUCCAUCGCCCCCACGCCGUCAACGCGCAUCCCCCCCUCGGCGCAGUCCAUCCCCCAACACCCGCGGCCGGCAGACCACUCGACGACGUGAUUCCCCUGUGUCUCCUGUCAAGAAAGCGUCACCUUCUCCGCGUCCAACACGCUCCAAGUCGCCGACAUCCAAAUCUCGUCGGCAGCGCUCUCCAAGCACACCCCGUGCCAAGGCAUUGUCGCCUCGUAAACCAGAGUCGCCGACGAAGGACACUCCGCCGCGCAAGAGUCGCCACCGGUCGUCGAGCCCUCCGCAGACGACCCCCGUGAGUCGGCGACCGCGUCGAUCGGCGACUCCCCCUUCAAGAGGGCGUCCUCCCCAAUCCCCCGACCCACCGACAAGCAGUCGAAACCACCGCUCGCCUUCGCGUGACCGUGGCAGCCGCCGUCGAUCCGGAUCACGCGACCGCCGCCGCGCCAAGUCCCCAGCUCGCCGCAGUCGCACGCCGCCUGCGCGUCGCUCGAGACGCUCGAGGUCCCCGUCCAAGGACGAGUUCCAGCGAGAGAAGAAACGAAGCCGUCGAGACGACGACGAUGACGACCGUCGCCGCCAUCGUCGCAGACACUAAAACUCAGCCGCGACACGAUGACCUGUCGAUUCCAAGCCGAAGCGCGAUAGAAAACCCAUGCACCAACCAGAUAACUUGGGACAUUUGAUUUCAAAAGCAAAGUCGCUUGGACGUGUGUGUACUGGUGGCUUUGACGUGCACAACGUUAUGAUGUUUUAUAGGUGUAAAGUUCCGUGCAAACCCAC